AUGGCACCACUUCUUGGUACAUUCUGCCUUUCUUUAUUGUUCAUACUUCUGCUCUUCAGUCAAUUCCUCGAUGCUAUCGACCUCAGCGUUAAGCAUCCGCCACAAGGAGCACUCAAAGUCCGGCUCGACUAUGGUCUUGCCACUCAGCCCAUUCCGGGCGUGUCAGAAAGCAGGAGGAAAGAAAAUCAGCAUCGAUAUCUCUUUUCCUCUUAUCUCGUCUUCAAUCAACCUGUAUCAUCCAUCACAGAUGGUCAGUUGAGGCAGAUGGCUCAGGUUGCACAUGGAGAGAUGGAAAAGGAUAUGCAACAAUACAAACCUACAUCCUUCUCAAAGGGGAGUACUAAGCCAGUGUAUCUCCCUUCGGUUAUGACUAUCGUGGCUUUUGGGAACGAGAUUAUCUUGUCUUCAUCUCAGAAGGGACUUGAUGGCUUCCUUAACCAGUGGCCCCAGAGUCCGGUUAAACUGGCUCUUGAUCGCUGUAGUGCUUUGUGGCGAGAUCACGUUAUCAAUGACCCGGAGAGCACUGCAGACCCUGCCGCGAGGCAUACAAAUAAGGCCAAGUGUGGUGAAGUCAAUGCAUUCCAUCAGUACUAUAUGACACACACGACUUCUAUUCCAGAGGUUAAUCCAAAAGUCCGAGUCACAACUGUUGUCAAAGGAAAGCAAGGCUACACUAUCUUGGCCCCUUGUGGCACCGACAACAACGGAGAGGACGAAAAGGUCGGUACAAGAAGAUUGCAGUACGUGUGA